AUGAUAUACAACCUCUCCUCAAGCCAGAUGACCAUGGACUGGAACCAAAAGCCAAUGAUCCAAAAUGAAUCUUUGUUCCUUAAAAGGUCCUCGGCUCUGGGCUCUCGGGCCCCGCCACCGUCCGCUCGCCCCAAUGUGACACCAGGCAGCCUUCCAGCGCCCGCACGCAGCACCUCGGAAAGGUGCCCACUGACGCCUCCGCCUUCUUCCCCGCCCAAGUUGGCGGGGGAGCCCCGCCGGCGGCCCGCCCCCUCGGAGCCGGGAUCGCGGCCGCCAGAGCGCUCCCCCGCGCCCACCCCCACGAGCGGCCGCGGGGGGGAGGACCGCCCGCCAGGUACGCGCGCGACACCGCGCGGGCUGCGCUCACGCCCCCUCGCCCCGGCUGCCCGCUUGCAGUCCGCCGAGGUCAGGCCCGGCCCGCGAGUCUCGGGUCAGAUCCAGCCGCCCGCGACCCGGAGGCCGGCCCGCCGCCCCCGCCCCGCGACUCACUUGCACGCGAGUCGUCGCAGCCGCCGGAAUUCUUUUCCACGCGCCGAGCUCCCCGCCGCGGAACGAAAUCCGGGGCAGAGCGGCGGCGUGCGGGCUCUGCAACCGAUCGCGCUCUCCUGCCCAAGUGCUAAGCUCCCGGGACCAGCAGCCCGACCGGACCGGCCCUCCCCGCUCCUGUCCAGCCGGCAGCCCGCCGCCGCUGCCCCGGCCGCUGCGGAGCUGGCGAGAAGGCUUCUGACUUGGAGCCUCCGGCUGCCGAGCAUGCCCAGUCCGCGGCGGAGCCGGGUCGGCUUCCCGCGCGACGCCGGUCCGUUCCUCCGGGUGUUCCCGGCGGCCGGGGGGCGGGGACCGUGA